GUCACCAAAUCAAUUCAUCUUCUUCUCCUUGAUUUUCCUCAACUCUUUCUCUUCUAGAUCUGAUUGUUCAUUGCCCAUUGCUUGUGCACCUAACAGAUCCAAGACCACCACAAAUCAAAUCUCAAAAUCUACCCCAAUUCACUGAAAUAUGGCUCUUUUAUUAAGUGGAAUCAGUAGUGUUGUAAAUAGAACAACUAUUGAUGUUCUUGUUCACAUAUUUUAUACAGACAAAGAGAACCAAGAAGGCUGGUAUUGUUGGGAAGUAUGGUACCCGCUAUGGUGCCAGUCUGCGGAAGCAGAUUAAGAAGAUGGAGGUCAGUCAGCAUAGCAAGUACUUCUGUGAGUUCUGUGGAAAGUAUGCAGUGAAGAGGAAGGCUGUUGGAAUCUGGGGUUGUAAAGACUGUGGCAAAGUGAAAGCAGGAGGUGCAUACACUUUGAACACUGCAAGUGCUGUGACCGUUAGGAGCACCAUCCGAAGGCUGAGGGAGCAAACUGAGGGUUAAUAUUAUAGAUUGUUGUUUUUAAUAUAUUGAAGUUACUGUAAUGGCCUGACUAGAUGCCUCAAAUGAGUUUGCCAUUUUGGAUAUUUGAUUUGAAGUUUAAUCUAUUGAAGCAGUUUUGGCAUUUGAGUUGGUUUGUGUGAUUGUGUUUUUAAGUAUUCAUAGCUUACUUCUAGUCCUCAUUUAACCAAAUAUAUUUAAUAAUUUUAA